AUGGCGUUGGCAUCUUCUGUGAGCUUGUACUACUCUAUAGUACAGCGGGCUGCGAGACAUUACUUAGAAGACUACUGUCACACGGAUACGACAGCGCCCUACGUGCUCUAUAAAGAUGGCGUGGAGCGCGCGCCUCCUGGAACACAGUGGGGUGGAGCGGUGUUGGAUGGAGGCUAUCAGGCGAUGCAACACCAAAGCCCUGGGGGUCCCUCCCCUCAGCCGGAGCCACAGCUGGCGUCCCCGGCCCCCUCCCCCUACCCGCCCGCACCACCGCCCCCAGACCCGUCCGCGGACGAGGCCGCACAACUAGCUCAACAACAAGCGCAACAACAAGCACAGCAACAGGCGCAGCAACAAACAUCCCCAGAGCACAUGCAGGUCGAGCAGCAGCUACAAAAUCAACCCCAGCCUCAACAGCCGUCGCAAGACCAUCUGGACCGAACGCCAUGCUUCGUCACGCAACCUGACUUACAACAGCAAUACACGCCAUAUUUCAAAGAAGCGAGACCUGCGAGCCACAUGCUCGGAACUGGUGGUUUCCCCUUACACUACCUAAAACAGAACGGCGGAGUGCUAUCGUUGGAGGGUCCACUCGACCAGUAUGCGACGGCGGACUUGCGCCACUUACCAGAUAUCGUGCAACCUGAACCACCGAAACCACGGAAGCACAACCCGAACACUGAGCUCCGUCUAUUCAAAUGCCUGACGUGCGGCAAAGACUUCAAACAGAAGUCCACCCUGCUGCAGCACGAGCGGAUCCACACAGACUCCCGGCCGUACGGGUGUCCCGAGUGCGGCAAGCGGUUCCGGCAGCAGUCCCACCUGACGCAGCACCUCCGCAUCCACGCCAACGAGAAACCGUACGCGUGCGUGUACUGCCCGCGCUCCUUCCGCCAGCGGGCCAUCCUCAACCAGCACCUCCGCAUCCAUUCCGGUGAGAAGCCAUAUACGUGCGGCGAGUGCGGCAAACAUUUCCGCCAGAAGGCCAUCCUGAACCAGCACGUCCGCACACACCAAGACGUUUCACCGCAUCUUAUCUUCAAGAACGGGACGACGCCGACUUUGUGGCCUCAGGAUGUACCGUUCCCACCGGAUGAGAACAAGGAAGAAGUUCAAUCUACUUAUGGCGACACAGAUGGUCAGAAUGGUGAACAACGGGGAUCUUGCUUUUCACCCGGAGACUCUGCACAGUAUCCUGCUUACUUUAAAGAUACUAAGGGCCUCAACCAUGCUGUAUUCGGUUCUAGCCUUUCAUUGCAGUACCUAAAAGGAGGAAAACUGCCGGAUGUAUUAGGGGGACGUGCUAUGCCUUUGUAUGUGCGAUGUCCUAUAUGUCAGAAGGAAUUCAAGCAGAAGUCAACACUGCUGCAACACGGCUGUAUCCAUAUUGAAUCACGGCCCUAUCCGUGCCCCGAAUGUGGAAAACGUUUCAGGCAGCAAUCACAUCUAACCCAACACUUACGCAUUCACACAAAUGAGAAACCAUACGGCUGUGUGUACUGCCCACGAUUCUUCAGGCAGCGGACCAUUCUGAACCAACAUCUUCGCAUCCACACCGGCGAAAAGCCAUACAAAUGCACGCAAUGCGGGAAAGAUUUCAGGCAGAAAGCUAUUCUAGACCAGCACACGCGGACUCACCAGGGCGACAGGCCGUUCUGUUGUCCGAUGCCGAACUGCCGGCGGCGCUUCGCCACCGAGCCCGAGGUGAAGAAACACAUCGACAACCACAUGAACCCGCACGCGGCGAAGGCCCGGCGCGCGGACGCGAAGACUCCUCGUCCUCUACCGCCGGCCUCGGCCGUGGUGAAGCCGGAGCUGUACUUCCCUCAGUGCUACGCGCCUCCGUUCCAGCAGUUCCCCGCUGCGGGCGCGGGUGAGUUCAAGCCGGCGGUGGGCGGCUGCCUGCCCGCGCAGUGA